AAGAGGUUGGUGAAAAAAUGGGAGCGCGAGAAAGAGAAAAGAGAAGAAACGGAAUCCUCCGUUCCGACUAGUUCCCCAAAUAAAGAAUUGAUGGCCAUAGGGCCCUUUCAAUUCACAAUCUCUUCCUCUCGCCAUAGCAGCAAGCUCCUAUCCCUCUUCGUCUUCUUCUCUUUUUCAUCCACAAAGGCGGCACCGAAGCAACCGCUUCCAUUUCAUUCCUCUCCUCGGAUUGCGUCUCUUCAAAUCCUGCGUGGAAUAAGCUCUAGCGCAUCGAUUCAUCACAGGCAGUUGCGGCAGCAGCAGCAGCAACAGAGUCAGAGACAAAACCGUCCGACACAGUUGGCUGCAACGCCCGAAACACUGGCGCAGAAGAUCGGCAAAUCGGUUAGGCGCCCUGGCGCGCCCUCCAAGGCUAGGGUUUACUCCGAUAUCAACGUCGUCAGGCCCAAGGAAUACUGGGACUAUGAGUCCCUCACUGUUCAAUGGGGGGAGCAGGAUGAUUAUGAGGUGGUGCGGAAGGUUGGGAGGGGGAAGUACAGUGAGGUGUUUGAGGGUGUACAUUGCACGGGCAAUGAGAAAUGUAUCAUCAAGAUCCUCAACCCUGUGAAGAAGAAGAAGAUUAAAAGGGAGAUCAAAAUACUUCAGAACCUCUGUGGCGGACCAAAUAUUGUGAAGUUGCUGGAUAUUGUUAGGGAUCAGCAGUCAAAGACACCAAGUCUGAUAUUUGAAUAUGUGAAUAACACUGAUUUUAAAGUGCUUUACCCGACACUUUCAGACUAUGACAUUCGAUACUACAUUUAUGAACUCUUGAAGGCAUUGGAUUAUUGUCACUCACAAGGUAUCAUGCAUAGAGAUGUGAAACCACAUAAUGUAAUGAUUGAUCAUGAGCAACGAAAACUUCGUCUCAUUGAUUGGGGCCUGGCUGAAUUCUAUCAUCCUGGGAAAGAAUAUAAUGUUCGUGUUGCUUCAAGAUACUUCAAAGGUCCUGAGCUUCUUGUUGAUUUGCAAGACUAUGAUUAUUCUUUAGAUUUGUGGAGCCUUGGUUGCAUGUUUGCUGGAAUGAUAUUCCGCAAAGAGCCAUUCUUCUAUGGACAUGACAAUUACGAUCAACUGGUUAAAAUAGCCAAGGUCCUUGGGACAGAUGAACUAAAUGCUUAUCUGAGCAAGUACCGAAUAGAGUUGGACCCACAUCUCGCCGCCCUUGUUGGCAGACAUAGCAGAAAACCAUGGUCAAAGUUCAUUAAUUCUGACAACCAGCACUUGGCAGUUCAUGAGGCUGUUGACUUUCUUGACAAGUUGCUGCGGUAUGAUCACCAAGAAAGGCCAACUGCAACAGAAGCAAUGGCCCAUCCAUAUUUCUACCCAAUUAGAAAUGCAGAAAGCAGCAGAGCACGAGCUCAGUAAUGGUGAAGUGCAGUAUCUUCUUUCAAGGUAGUCAGUCAGUCACUAGGCAGAGCUUUCUACUGUACUCUUGACUGAAACUUGUUAAUUUUUGUGUUUGGGUUUAAUUUGUUUUUUUUUUUUUUUAAUUUUUUUUGGAUUCAACUCAGGUUUUAUAUUUUUCCGUGUGCUUAUGAUUUGUGAACUAUCUUCGUAUAGUUUCUGCCUGCCAGAAAUAGUUGUCUGGCUUCUUCUUUUUUUUUUUCUUUUUGGUGGUCAAAUGUGUAACAAUCUAGACCUUCUCUUUUCUCCCUCAA